AGACAGAGAGAGGGAAGGUGUUGGUAAGAGUGUACCAACACCAUAGCGUCCACUUUAGUUCCUUAUUUCCCCUCACUCUUUAUUUCCCCCCCAUCACUAGGAUCCAAUGAUAGCCGGAAAAGUCAGUAAGCCUCUGCUGCUGCUGCGGAGUGAGAUGAAUGCAGAGUCGAGAGGUGAGGACAAGGCAGCUACUUCAGACAGUGAGCUGAACGAGCCCCUGCUUGGUCCUCUGGAAUCAAAUGAUGGUGAAGACACUCCCAGCAAGCUCUUCGGGGCCAGAGGAAACUCUGUGCCGUCUGAGUCGGGUACGAGCGAUCCUCAUCAUCUCAGCCAGUCUCAUCCAGGAUUCUCAGUUGGGCCACAGCCCCUGCUAGCAGCACAACAGCUGGCAUCAGCUGUAGCAGGAGUGAUGCCCGGAGGUGCUCCAGCACUUAACCAGCCAAUCCUUAUCCCGUUUAACAUGGCCGGGCAGCUAGGGGGGCAACAAGGACUGGUCCUGACAUUGCCUACAGCCAAUCUUACUAACAUUCAAGGCCUGGUUGCAGCUGCAGCUGCAGGAGGGAUAAUGACGCUGCCAUUGCAAAAUCUACAAGCUACCUCAUCGCUAAACACGCAACUUCAGCAGCUUCAGCAUCUACAGCAGCUUCAGCAACAUCAUCAUCACCAUCACCAUCAACAGCAAGGACAACAGCAAACUACAGUCCAGCAUCAACAAUCAUGCCAGCAGCCAUCCCAGCCUCUCCCCUCACAGCUCUCCCAGCAGCAACAGAAUCAGCAACAGCAGCAAAACCAAACACCAACCAAAAGCCAGAACCAACUUUCUACAAGUCAGCAGACGUGUGGUUCUCCUCAAAAGCCCAACCAAUCACCAGGACACGGCCUUCCUUCCCCGAUAACCCCACCAAUCCCUUUGCAGAUGGUUAAUAAUCCCUUGGCAAAUCAAGCAGCGGCGGCAGCAGCGGCAGCAGCUGCUAUGGGCUCAAUAGCAAGUUCACAGGCCUUUGGGAAUGCACUCUCCAGUCUGCAAGGUGUUACUGGUCAACUAGUCACAAAUGCACAAGGACAGAUUAUUGGAACAAUUCCACUCAUGCCAAAUCCAGUAUCAUCCAAUCAAGCAGGUGGUGGAGCUCAGGGACUUCAAGUGCAGCCCAUUACGCCCCAACUACUGACCAACGCCCAGGGACAGAUCAUUGCCACUGUAAUAGGGAAUCAGAUUUUGCCAGUGAUCAAUACCCAGGGUAUAACACUUUCACCACUCAAACCAGGACAACAGCUCCAUCAACCAGCACAGCAACCUGUGGGUCCAGCUACAUCACAGGCCAAUCUACUGCACUUGGCUCACAAUCAGACAUCAAUGGCUCAAAGUCCGGUUCGCCAAACUUCCUCUACUUCCUCUUCAUCUUCCUCUUCUUCAGCUUUGAGUGUUGGCCAGUUAGUAAGCAACCCGCAAACUGCCAGUGGUGAGGUUGAUGGAGUAAAUCUGGAAGAAAUAAGAGAAUUUGCUAAAGCUUUCAAAAUCCGUCGCCUUUCCCUAGGUCUGACGCAAACGCAAGUGGGACAGGCUUUAAGUGCAACAGAAGGCCCAGCCUACAGCCAAUCUGCCAUCUGCAGACACACCAUCCUGAGAAGCCACUUUUUCCUACCACAGGAAGCCCAAGAGAACACUAUAGCUAGCAGUCUGACAGCCAAACUGAACCCUGGCCUUUUGUAUCCUGCCAGGUUUGAAAAGCUGGACAUCACCCCUAAAAGUGCCCAGAAGAUAAAGCCUGUCCUUGAGAGGUGGAUGGCCGAGGCUGAGGCCCGCCACCGAGCAGGUAUGCAGAAUUUGACAGAGUUUAUCGGCAGCGAGCCUUCAAAAAAACGGAAGAGGCGCACUUCUUUCACUCCGCAGGCACUAGAGAUCUUGAACGCCCACUUUGAGAAGAACACGCAUCCUUCUGGACAGGAAAUGACAGAAAUUGCAGAGAAGUUAAACUAUGACCGGGAAGUUGUCCGGGUCUGGUUCUGCAACAAGCGACAAGCUCUCAAGAACACAAUAAAACGUUUAAAACAACACGAGCCGGGCUCAGGAGUCCCUAUGGAGUCUCUAACGGACUCAAUGGAAGAAAAUUCCUAAAACAUUGAGCUUGAACUCUGUGAAAUGCCUGUUCAUCAUCCUUGUAAGUAGAAAAAAGACUGAAAAACACAGGUGGACAGAACAAUUUGUUAAUGUAUUCAUGAGUUUUCCAAAUAUAACGCACAACACUUAGUGUGUGUGUAUGUGAUAGUAGUCCUAAGGAAAAAAAACAAACAUUUUUUUUGCUAUGGACUUCACAAAAAAACCAAAUAACUGCAUACGUUUUUCUGUAUAUUAUACCAAUGCGAACAGUGUUUGAAAAACAAGAGAUUCUUCUAUCUAUUUAAAAAGAAAGCAAGACUGCCACCUGGAGGAUCAAUUGUAGACUUUUAGGUUAAGCGCUCAUUCACAAGAAAAUCUUCACUAUUAACCAAAGCCAGAAAAAUGGUGUUGCAAAACUAGAUUGCUGGACUUCUCUAUAAUGAGCAUAAUGUUGUGUUACACAUUUCAUUGUCUGCUAUGUGGGAAAAAGGGAUUUUAAUUUUAAUUUUUUAAUUUCAUUGUUACAUUACAGUAUGUUGGGGCACACAUUAUAUUUUACCACUAUGAGUCACCUAUUAUUUAAACAAAACAUGUGUUAAACAUUUUAGGAGAGUGCAGCUUCAUUACAUGCCCCAAGUGAUGCAUAGCUUCCAUGUUUACAGUACACCUGAAUAAUAUUUGGUUAGCAUCAUGUAGUGCCAGUGAAUUCUUUUCUUUGGGUGGAUGUAGUUUCCUUACUCUACUAGGAAAUGUACAUCAUUACUGACAAUCCUAAGAGAAGAAAUAUGUUUCUACAACGGUGUGCGGCCAUUUUCUCUAUUUUCUCUCCAAAGUCUCCUAGCCAAAGAAAUGUAUUGAGGUUCUAAUGAAAUAGAAGCAGCUCAAUAAAACAAACCAAAUGAAAGACUGGAGGAGUAUUAAACUGUUUAUCACAGCUACUAAACUGUUUAUCAGCUACCUAAAUAAUUGUGCAUUGCAUAAUAUGACAAGACUGUCUAGGCCUCUAUGCUACACUUUGUUAGAAAGCAGUUGAAGAUUUCAGAUUUGAUGUGUAAUUUUAUGUGGAGGAGUCAGGACUUUUAUCAAUGAAAGUGAUGAGUUACUUAGAUGAAGAUACAUAGACCAUUUGUAUUCACAGCAUUUAAUCAAUGUCUGUUGAAUCUGCUCCGAAACACUGUACAUAUACUAUGACUCUUUUUUUUUCCGAGGUCAGUCAUGAUGAGCAGUUUCCAAUUGAUGUUCAAUGUCGAUUAAAGAAAAUAUUUCUAUUAUAAUACCUUAGUGACUCCAAUUAUAGAUAACUUGUCCUCCCCUAUGCUGUCAAUUGAAAAAUAUACAUGACAUAAAACCUGGUUGCUAAGCCUAAUGUGGUACAGUCUGACUUUAUAGGCCACAAAUACACUCAACAGGUAAAAAUGCACAAUUACGUUUACCUCACAAAUAUACACACCAAAGGAUCAACCUUGUUGAACAUUUCUGUGCUUUUGUAUUUUCCCAUACGAAUCACAAAUGUCUCAAAUUGUUAGAAGAACACUGUAUUUGAUUUUUUUCAAAUGAUAAAAGACUGUUAUACUUACUGGAAAUUCCAAAUUCUGUAGGGAUCUGUGCAUUGUGUAACCAAAAACUGUUAGGUUUGAGUUUUAACUGUUGCCUGACACCGGUAAACUUUACAGUACAGCAGUAGUUCUCAAACUUUUUGCCUAGGCACCCUGGGGUGCCUUGGGACACUUGCAGGGAUGCCUUGGAUUGGUGGUCCAGGAGCAAUUCAAAUUAUUUAUGGUCAAUGUAAUAGGCAACACCAGUGCUGGUGGCUGUCAAUCAUAAAUUAUGUGGACAAACAGAAGCGAAUCUUGUCCCUUACCUCACAAUUGAACAUAAGGAAGACAUAUAAACACAAUUUACCUAAUUUUAUAUUUCUUUCUAAAUUACUCAUUAAGAAACUUUUGGCCUAGGGGUGCCGUGAAAAAAAUUCCGAUUCUCUAUGGAGCCGUGAUUCCAAAAAGUUUGGGAACCACUGGUAUGUUAGAAAGGGUUUGACCCUUGCAGAAUUUACCUUGAUCACCUAUUUAAAUUGUCACAAUGAAACCUCCAGCAAAUUAUAACAACCUUUAUAAAAAAAUCUGCCUGUAGGUGACAUAGUUUAAAAUUCAAUCAACACAUAUUUAUAAUUUUCAAGCAGCAUAAAUUGAAUGUUAAGUAAUAAAUGAUGAGGCCGAUUCAAUUCAGAGUGAUAUACGUGAAUUGCCAACAGAAUAGCAUGGGGACAUACUUAAUGGCAGCACAUUAUGACUGCAUUUUUAGCACAUUUAAUUUCACAUCCGAUAGGGGUAGUGUGCACAGCUGCACAUUGUGAACUCACAUCACUCUGAACUGAAUUGCGGUCUAUUUAUCAUAUUAAUUCUGUUGUCUAAAAUGUCCCAAUGGCGAAACUACAAUGUAGUAAGAGAAAAAAAAUAGCUAACAAAACAAAUAACCCCAUCAGCAUUGAGUCCAAUAAAUUAGCUCUUACUACCACUGAUACACUGAAACAUUUUUUUACCGUUUUAUAAUUUUGUAUUGUUUUUGUAUUCUUGAAAAUAUACUGUAACGCUUCCUAUAUUGAUUUUACGAAUUUUGAAGGCCUAGCAAAAAUAAUAACUCAACAAAAUCACCCAAAAGGUGUAAAUAUGUAAACCAUAAAUAUUUUUAGCCACUUUUUCCCUAUUAAUGUAAUGCAUAAAAGCAGACCACUACAUUUAAAAAAAAAAUGAAAAAAGAAAAAAAAAAACUUUUUGUACAUUUCUUUUGUUCAAUGCUCUUAGUGCUCUCUGUUAUUGGAUACUGUAGACUGAAUGGAAACAAGAGUAUUGUUAUUGUAUAGUUGUAUUUUAUUUCACUCUGAAAGUUUAACCCUUUUUGCCAGAAGGGACCUGCAAUGCAUUGCAACUACUGAAAUAUCAAUUCAUUGAUGCCCACUCUUGUGGUGAAGGAAUUUAAGCAGCAACUCUACGUAUUUGUUUAAAAAAUGUACAGUUCCAUUAAAAAAGUAUGAAUAAGGAAUAUAUUUUAGUCUCCCUUAUAUGGUAAAUAUUUAAGUGCCACCACUAUAUGAUGCUAUCACCGUAAAUCUUAUGAUCUCAGUGUUCUUAAAUUGCAUCCAACUUAUUGGAGUCCGAGUUCGCCGGCCAUGUGGGAUGCCGGUCGAGCUCAGACAUUUUUUUAAAAGGGCAAUCAUGUACAAGGUAUGGUUUAGCCUUGUACAUGAUUGCCCCUUUAAAAAAAUCAUAUGAGUUUGGCUGUCAUCCUACACGGGUGCCGAACUCGGACUUCCUUACAUCCCGCCCUGUACCCACAUUAAAUUCUCACUACAAUACUUAGAUCCACCUGGAUGUUACUGGAUCCACAUUGAAUUCCAAUAAAAUCAAUUGGAUCCAAGUUAAUCCAAUUUAAUUGAGUCCAACUGGAUCCAUAUUAAUUCCCACAAUAACACUUGGAUCCAAAUGGCUCCAACUACAGUGAACUGACAGGAAUCCUGCUCACAUUCAGGCCAGAUUCUUGUGGCCGGAUCCCUAAUUGAACACAUCAGAAUAGAUCUCUAUGCGGAAUAUGCACAGGUACAGCUGUCUGAAAAUAAUCAGCAGAAAUUCUUGUUUAUUGUAAAAUAGCAUCAGUAUGUACAUUACCUUAACUUUCUUUGUUUAAAAAAAGAAAUAGAAUAAAAAAAACCUACACCUGCUGUGCAGAACAAAUUUCUUACUCAAAGCUACAUGAGCACAUUUAUUGCAUAUCUGUUUUUAAUAGUUUUCUCAUAUGCCAUGUGGGGAUUUGUCAUGCCCCAGUAAUAGCUCCUAGCUAGCUCUGUAAUGCUACAUUAUAACUCACAUCCAGUUCAGCAAAACAGACAAAUGAAUAAACUUAAGUUGAACAAGUUUUAUGGUCAGAAAGUUUAGGCUAAUUGGUUACUACAUGCUGUCUAAACCCUUUUUGCAUAUUACAUUAAUACAAAUAUGGACGUAUAGGGACACUGUGGUAGAUUACACUGGAAACAGCACUUAAACAGCUAUGUGUAUAAUCUGAUAACCUGUUAAAGUACACAAAGGCCAUUUUAUUUCUGCUUUCUUCACAUAAUGCUCUAUGGAUAUGGGGAGACAUUAUGGGAAUUUUUUCACAAGCAUCAAUGACUCCAAGUGAGCGUGUGAUUACCCACUGCAUCUGUUCCACCUAUCAGUAAAUACAUGUGAUUCAGCACAGGCAGCAUAGACGACCACAUACACUAGCCCUAUAAGUGUUUUAAGCUUCUGAUACAAACUCUUCUGCGCAAGCAUCUAAAUUCACUUACAAACCAAGCUCCAUAAUGUAAAAUAUGAUAACAUAAACUAAUAUGUGCUCCCCAUUUCUAAUCUCAGCUUCAAACGCAUGCCAGAUCUAGUGUCAUAACCUAGGUGAUGCUAAUAUAAUGGUGGCACAUAACUGAAUUAGUAUAGUUUAUUGCAUUUUUCUGCAUAGAAAAUACAUGGAGGUAAGCAAUGACCAGUUUAUUAAAGGGUUGGAAUAAAGAGGGAGCAAUACUGUUUUAUAAGUAUUGAUCACAUGGUUUCUGUAUAUGAUUGCUGAUAAUCAUGUAGAGGAGAAACAGGCAAUCCUCUGCUUCCUAGCUGUUGUAGAGCUACAAACCUUAGCAUCUCCUGGCAUACUGGUAGCUCUAACCCCAGUGUAAAAAUACAGGUGUAGUAUGUCUGAUCGGCGGUCAGCAUACCGAUGGCGGGAUCUCGGCAGAAUACCGAAGCUGGGAUCCCGGCGGGUAGGGGUGAGUGCAGCAAGCCCCUUGCGGGCUCGGUGGCGACCGCAGGUCGCCAUGGGUUCUAUUCCCACUCUAUGGGUGUCGUGGACACCCACGAGUGGAAAUAGUCCCUGUUGGUCGGCAUGCCAACCAUCGUGAUAGUGAGGGGGAGGGAUGUUGGUGGAGGUCAUGUGAAUGUCUGUCUCCCGACCGCCGGUCACAUGAAUACCACCCUAAAAAUUCAAGCUACUUAAACCAACAAGUUAUGUUGUUAAAAGUUUUCAGCUGACACCCUUAUUCAUUAGUGAAGUCAGUUUGGGCUAUUUACUAACAUUAUUCAAAGGUGUACAAAUUCACUAAUAUCAAAUAAUCAAUCCACACUUGCUUUUUAUAUGUCCAGUACGUUAGACAAGGAAUGCAAAUGUAUUGAAAUGUUAUAGUGUAAAUUUGCACCUUUGAUCAAUUUAGCAAAUAAUCCCCUAUGCAUACUGUACCUCCCAACUUUUGCUGACAUCAACUCGGGACCUUGCGCGCAUCCAAAAAGAUGGGGGGCAUGACCUUGCACGGUAGGGUGUGGCACAGCAUUUAUUUAUGGAUUGCUCGCUGCUUUGCAGAGCAGCAGUAAUCAAAGACCCUCCUAACCUUUCCUCCCGCCUGAUGAGACUCUGCGGCCCACGGGUGGGACAGUGGGGCAUUGUGCGAAUAGUGGGACUGUCCCGCUGGAAUCGGACAGUUGGGAGGUAUGCCUAUGUCUCUGCACUAGAUAGAUCUAGAAGUGUACUUUACAUGAAGCAAAAAUACCCAGCACCUCAGUAGCCUAAAUAUAUACAUUUCUUUAGAACAUUGGUCCUCAAACAGUGCGUGUUUUCCAGGUCUCCUCACAGAAUCACAAGUAAAAUAAUAAACUCCACUACCAGAUAUUUUAAAAAUGCGUCAGUGAGUAAUGAGUACACGUAUGCACCAGCUAAAUGACCUGGAAAACAUGAACUGUGUGGGGUCCUGAGAAACAAGUUUGAGAACAUAUGCUUUAGAAGCCAUCUAAAUCUAUCAAAUAAAAAUAUUAGCCUAGCAUCCAUUAAUAAAGAAUAAAAUGUUUGUGUUGGUUUAAUUUUUUCACAACAAAUGUGGAUCUGCUGCUUUGCAAACAAAAAUGGCUGUCCUGGUUUCUCAACAGACAGGAACAAGAGAAAGCAUCAAUGAAAAAGUAGAGGCGUAUAGAAAUACUCAAGCUAUAAACAAGCUAUAACCAAAAAGAAACAUGUAAAAAUGCCUUUGCUCGUCUUAAUGCUGGACCAAAGCUCAAUGUAUGUAGGUAUAUGCACAUUGUAAAAAUAUGGCUAAAUGUUGCUGACAAUCUUGCAAUAUUAAAGUGUCACAUGGAAAAGCAGAACAUACAUGUUUGUCAUUGUUUCACAAUACUGCUCUGCAAGGCUCCUACAGCGUAUAAAGCGAAAAUGGUGUAAAUCCUGAAAUAAAAUUUCCAUGGCAAUGUUUCCACUUUAGAAAGGAUUUAUUAUUCACUCUUACUAUAUAUAUUUUUUCUGUGUGUGUAAUUCAUUUGUAGCACCACUGUGAGACACCAAAGGUUCUUCUCAUCAUACUUGCUUAAUACCUACAAUGGCUGAACAGAUUGGAAUAACAUGAUGCUUUAGUUUUUCAUUUCCAGCAUUGAACUUAACAAUGAAAGACAACACUGAGGGAGAUACUAUGUUAACUUUCCACUGGAAGAGGAGUUUUAUUGUGGUGGACUUAUGGCUGGAAGAUAAAUAUAAACUUUACUGGAAGCUCCUUACUGCUCUGACACUGAAACCAAAGCUGAUUUAACUGCACAGGUUGCUUUAAAUUUUAUAAACUGGAAUAAACUAAAACUGUAAUUAAUCUAGAGCAAUAUCUGUAUGGUCAGUAAAGCUGCACUUUGUGUAUUUCUUAAAAGCUUCAGAUCUGUCACUUUUAAU